AUGACGUCAUCCGCAUCACCGCUUACGUCACAUCUGUUCUCGCCUCCGUCGCUCUCGUCGCCGUCUCUGUCGUCAACGUCCGCUCGUUCCUGGCUGCUGGCAGCCGGCGCCUCGUUCUCAUUGGUCGCCGCGUUUUCCGGGACGGCAACGGUGGCGGCGAAGGAGCGGCCCGAGGUGGAUCUGGGUCGCGACGCGGAGGUGGUGCUGUACCAGUACGAGGCGUGCCCUUUCUGCAACAAGGUCAAAGCCUUCCUGGACUACUACGACAUCCCGUACAGGGUGGUGGAGGUGAACCCCGUGGGCAAGAAGGAGCUCAAGUGGUCGCCCUACAAGAAGGUGCCCGUGCUCGUCGUCAACGGCGAGUCGCUCGUCGACUCCUCAGCCAUCAUAUCCGAGUUGCACCGCCGCCUGAACCCCUCCAAGGCCACCAACAUCCCGCCCGCCGCCCCUGCUGCCUCCGCCGCGGCGGCUUCCGCGCCUGGCGCGUAUGCCAGCGCCAUCGGCGGCGGGAGUAGCAGCAGCGCGGGGGGAACUAGCAGCAGCGGGGGCGGUGGUGUGGCGGAGGGAGUGGCGGAGGUUGUGGGGCACGUGGGGGAGCGGGGCGUGGCGGAGGGGCAGGCGGAGGAGGAACUGGACGAGGAGACCCGAUGGCGCAGGUGGGUGGAUGGGCACCUGGUGCAUCUGCUCUCGCCCAACAUCUACCGCUCGCCCUCUGAGGCGCUAGAGGCCUUCGACUACAUCGCCACCAAUGGCAACUUCACGGCGUGGGAGCGCAUGAUGGCUCGCUAUUUUGGAGCGGGCGCCAUGUACAUGAUAGGCAAGAAGCUGAAGAAGAAGCACGGCAUAGCGGAUGAGCGCACCGACCUCUACAAGGCGGCUGACGAGUGGGUGGCGGCUCUUGGCGACAGGAAGUUCCUCGGAGGAGAGACCCCGAACCUCGCUGAUUUGGCAGUGUUUGGAGUGCUGCGGCCAAUCAGGCACCUGACAGCUGGCAGGGACAUGGUGGCGAAUUCGAGCAUAGGGCCGUGGUACGAGCGCAUGGAGCAGCACGUGGGCGCCUCUGCCAGGAUCACCGCCGCUGACGGUGCUGCUACCGUUCUCAUCGUCCCCCCGCUCUCAUGCCGUUUGCAUUCGGCUCGUCGCACACCGACGCUCGUCGCUCAACCAACCCCCGCGCUCACCUGCGAUCUUAGGGAAUCCGCGCUCACGGCUCGUCCGCGCUCGAAAUCUCAUACGCGCUCCUCGCUCAUCCGCGCGCGAAAUGUCAUACGCGCCCGUCGCUCAUCCGCGCCCGAAAUCUCAUCCGCGCACCUCGCGCAUCCGCGCUCCUCUCUCAUCCGGUCUGGCCCACAAUCCGCGCUCGUCUCUCAUCCGGACUGGCCCACAAUCCGCGCUCGUCUCUCAUCCGCUGUCGUAUUAGGCUCCAACGUCACAGCGCCCACGCGCCGCUCCACCCGCCGGGUCAGCGCCCCCCACGCUCACCAGGCAGCGCCUUGCGCUCUGCUGGCCGCGUGGACAGCACCGGCGAGCAUGCUGCACGCGGAGCAGGUGAGCGUGCAGUUCCCCCCUUGCCCAUGCCUAUCCCCCUUGCCCAUGCCUAUCCCCCUUGCCCAUGCCUAUCCCCCUUGCCCAUGCCUUUCCCCCUUGCCCAUGCCUUUCCCCUUGCCCAUGCCUUUCCCCCUUGCCCAUGCCUUUCCCCCUUGCCCAUGCCUUUCCCCAAUGCCCAUGCCUUUCCCCCUUGCCCAUGCCUUUCCGCCUUGCCCAUGCCUUUCCCCCUUUGCCCAUGCCUAUCCGCCUUGCCCAUGCCUAUCCCCCUUGCCCAUGCCUUUCCCCCUAGCCCAUGCCUUUCCCCCUUGCCCAUGCCUUUCCCCAUUGCCGGUCCCUUUCCCCCUUUGCCCAUGCCUAUCCGCCUUGCCCAUUCCUUUCCGCCUUGCCCAUGCCGUUCCCCCUUGUCCAUGCCUUUCCCCCUUGCCCGUCCCUUUCCCCCUUGCCCAUGCCUUUCCCCCUUGCCCAUGCCUUUCCCCCUUGCCCAUGCCUUUCCGCCUUGCCCGUCCCUUUCCCCCUUUGCCCAUGCCUAUCCGCCUUGCCCAUGCCUAUCCGCCUUGCCCAUGCCUUUCCCCCUUGCCCAUGCCUAUCCCCCUUGCCCAUGCCUUUCCCCCUAGCCCAUGCCUUUCCCCCUUGCCCAUGCCUUUCCCCAUUGCCGGUCCCUUUCCCCUUUUGCCCAUGCCUAUCCGCCUUGCCCAUUCCUUUCCGCCUUGCCCAUGCCCCCAUGCCUUUCCCCCUUGCCCAUGCCUUUCCCCAUUGCCCAUGCCUUUCCCCCUUUGCCCAUCCCUAUCCGCCUUGCCCAUGCCUUUCCCCCUUGCCCGUGCCUUUCCCCCUUUGCCCAUGCCUAUCCGUCUUGCCCAUGCCUAUCCGCCUUGCCCAUGCCUAUCCCCCUUGCCCAUGCCUUUCCCCCUUGCCCAUGCCUACCCCCCUUGCCCGUGCCUUUCCCCCUUGCCCAUGCCUUUCCCCCUUGCCCAUGCCUUUCCCCCUUGCCCGUGCCUUUCCCCCUUGCCCAUGCCUUUCCCCCUUGCCCAUGCCUUUCCGCCUUGCCCAUGCCUUUCCGCCUUGCCCAUGCCUUUCCCCCUUGCCCAUGCCUUUCCCCCUUGCCCAUGCCUAUCCGUCUUGCCCAUGCCUAUCCGCCUUGCCCAUGCCUAUCUGCCUUGCCCAUGCCUAUCCCCCUUGCCCAUGCCUACCCCCCUUGCCCAUGCCUUUCCCCCUAGCCCAUGCCUAUCCCCCUUGCCCAUGCCUUUCCCCCUAGCCCAUGCCUUUCCCCCUUGCCCAUGCCUUUCCCCAUUGCCGGUCCCUUUCCCCCUUUGCCCAUGCCUAUCCGCCUUGCCCAUUCCUUUCCGCCUUGCCCAUGCCGUUCCCCCUUGUCCAUGCCUUUCCCCCUUGCCCGUCCCUUUCCCCCUUGCCCAUGCCUUUCCCCCUUGCCCAUGCCUUUCCCCCUUGCCCAUGCCUUUCCGCCUUGCCCGUCCCUUUCCCCCUUUGCCCAUGCCUAUCCGCCUUGCCCAUGCCUAUCCGCCUUGCCCAUGCCUAUCCCCCUUGCCCAUGCCUUUCCCCCUAGCCCAUGCCUUUCCCCCUAGCCCAUGCCUUUCCCCCCUUGCCCAUGCCUUUCCCCAUUGCCCGUCCCUUUCCCCCUUUGCCCAUGCCUAUCCGCCUUGCCCAUUCCUUUCCCCCUUGCCCAUGCCUUUCCCCCUUGCCCAUGCCUUUCCCCAAUGCCCGUCCCUUUCCCCCUUGCCCAUGCCUUUCCCCCUUGCCCAUGCCUUUCCCCAAUGCCCGUGCCUUUCCGCCUUGCCCAUGCCUUUCCCCCUUGCCCAUGCCUUUCCCCCUUGCCCAUGCCUAUCCGUCUUGCCCAUGCCUAUCCGCCUUGCCCAUGCCUAUCCGCCUUGCCCAUGCCUUUCCGCCUUGCCCAUGCCUUUCCCCCAUUGCUCACCUCCUCCCCUCCCCUCCCUCUUCCUCCCCAGCCGUCCCAUGCGCUUUGCCGUGUUUGGGCUGGGCAAUCAGCAGUACGAGCACUUCAACCUGAUGGGCAACAUGCUUGACACGCGCCUCGCUGCUCUAGGCACACCGUUGCGUGUCAUCCCCCCCAUGCCUGCAAGAAUGCUCGCCUGCUCAUACAACGAGCCUUCCCCCACCAGCCUUCCCCAACCCGCUUUCCCCCACCUACCUGAGACCCAUCCGCCUUGGCACAACUGCGUUCCCCCAUCCGCUUUCCCCCAUCCGCUUUCCCCCAUCCGCAUUAGCGCACAUCCGCUUUCCCCCAUCCGCUUUCCUCCCAUCUAA